CAGCUCUCACUCUUCUCCUCAGCCCAGCACUGUGGGGUUUCCUCACUCAGCACUCAUAUUGUAGAGGGUGAGGAUGCAGCUGUAGGUGUUUGGCCUUGGCAGGUCAGUCUACACAGUUUUGGCCGUCACGUCUGUGGAGGGUCCCUUAUCAGCUAUGAAUGGGUGCUCACUGCAGCUCACUGCAUUGAAUAUCUAUCCUCAGACACUGGACUGAAUGGUACUGUUUAUCUGGGUAGACAGAGCCAAAAUGUUUCAGUCUCUAGCUCACACGAGGUGAUUCGAGGAAUCCGAUCCAUCAUUCCACAUCCAGACUAUGACCCCUCAUGGUUUGAUAAUGACAUUGCCUUGCUGAGACUGAGCGAGCCAGUCAACUUUACCAGUGACAUCAGCCCGAUCUGCCUUGCUGCUAAUGACAGUGUCUUUCACAACGGCACCAUCUGCUGGGCCACUGGAUGGGGAGAAGCUGGCUUUUUUGGCACUCAGCACACUUAUGGAACUCUGCAGGAAGUGGAGAUGAAAAUAGUGGGGAAUAAGGAGUGUGACUGCAGUUUUAUGGACAUAAUCACUCCGACAAUGAUCUGUGCUGAAGGAAACGCUGACAAAGGAACAUGUUAUGGAGAUUCUGGUGGUCCAUUACAGUGUGAGCAGGAUUCUGUCUGGAUCUUAGCUGGCGUCACUAAUCCUUCUUCUUGUGGCACUGGAAUUGCACCUGACAUCUAUGCUAGAGUAUCCAAAUUCCAAAACUGGAUUAUGGAGAAUGUUAAUGGAACAGAUAUCGGCUUUGUGACUUUUACAUCUGAUGGUGAAGACAAGGACAGCAGCUUUCUGUGCAGUGGAAAAGAUAUAGACAUGGACAACAGAGUCAAUGGAACAAUCUCCUAUCGUCAGGUCACCAGUGGUAGACUCUUACUAGCAGCUUCAAACUACUUAAACCAGUAUUUUCAAAAUAUGAACUUCACUGCCUCAUGGCUGUUCAUUGCCACUUGGGAUAAAGUGCCGUAUUAUAACAACCCACAAUCGGUCAACAAUAAUGGACAUUUGACGUUUGAACCAUUUUAUGAAAGCCUUCCCGAGGCUUUCCCUGUCAACUCUCCUAGAGACAUUAUAGCUCCACUCUGGGCAAAGUUUGACUGUAGUGUCAGUGGAAGCAUCUCCUACCGCAUUGUAACUCGAGGCCGUAUUCUGGACAGGGCGAGAAAUGAUGUCAAACAGCAUUUCCGUCAGUUUGGGUUUUCAGUGCAUACAGUCUUUAUUGCUACGUGGAAUAGGGUGCACUACUUGAACAGCCCCACUACGGCUGGCUAUGACACAAUAAACUCAACAAAUUAUUUUUCAAUCCCUGUGCCUGACGAAAACAAGCUGUUCAACUCCAGCAAUGUUAAUGUGCCGGGACGCUGGGUAUUUCGUGUUGAUGGUGGACCUGAGGAUGGAAUAUUCUAUCCAUAUGGAGAUGAAGAGGAUGAGAUGAGCCCGCAGUCAGAUGAUGGAAGUUCUCCACCGAUUCCUCUCCUGGAGCCAUUUGUGUACUUUGGCCGUGUAUAUGACAAAAUAUUUGUGAAUAAUAAUGGAGACCUGACCUUUGAUAAGCCAUUUUCCUGGUAUCAUCCCUAUUAUUUUCCUGCAUACUCGACUAAAGACAUCAUCGCUCCGCUGUGGACAGACAUUAAUAAUAAUGAGGAAGGGACCAUCUCUUAUCGACAAAUCCCUGUGCCUGAUGAAAAUAAGCUGUUCAACUCCAGCAAUGUUAAUGUGCCGGGACGCUGGGUAUUUCGUGUUGAUGGUGGACCUGAGGAUGGAAUAUUCUAUCCAUACGGAUAUGAAGAGGAUGAGAUGAGCCCGCAGUCGGAUGAUGGAAGUUCUCCACUGAUUCCUCUCCUGCAGCCAUUUGUGUUCUUUGGCCGUGUAUAUGACAAAAUAUUUGUGAAUAAUAAUGGAGACCUGACCUUUAAUGAGCCGUUUGACCAGUGGCAUCCCUAUUAUCUUCCUGCAUACUCAUCUAUAGACAUCAUCGCUCCACUGUGGACAGACAUUAAUAAUAGUGAGCAAGGAACCAUCUCUUACCGACAAGUAACAGAUGCUCAUCUUUUGAAUCGGGCAUCAAGAGAAGUAAACAAAUAUUUUCCCAGACUAAACUUCUCUGCCUCUUGGGUUUUUAUUGCUACAUGGGAUAAAGUUCCAUACUAUGGAAACAGAGAGUCAGAAUCAACCUUCCAAGUGGUUUUAGUGUCUGGCAAAAACAUGUCAUUUACUUUCAUGCAUUAUGAUUUUAUCACUCCCACCCAAAGCGCAGAGUCUGGGCUUGACACAAUUAAUUCUACCAAUUUCUUUUCAAUUCCUGUUUCUGACAUCGCAAAUCUGCCAUACACAAGUAAUGUCAACGUCAAGGGUAGAUGGGUAUUUCGAGUUGACAAUUCAUCUGAAAACAAUGGAUUCUGUGUCAAAACUAACCCCCAAGCUUCCUCAGAUGUUUUUUCUAGUGCUUUGGAAUGUGGAAGAACCCCAGUUACUACCAGAAGCAGGAUAGUUGGAGGUCAGAACGCUUCAGCUGGACACUGGCCCUGGCAGGCUAGUCUUCUUCUGUUAAGCAGGCACAUCUGUGGAGGUUCUCUCAUCAACAAACAGUGGGUGCUGUCUGCUGCCCACUGUGUUCAUGGGUAUCCCACGUCUUAUUUCACUGUGUUUUUGGGGCGACAGACCCAGGGAGGCUUCAACCCCAAUGAAGUGUUCAGAUAUGUGAGAUUAAUCAUCAAACAUCCCAGUUACAACAAUUUUACAAAUGAGAACGAUAUCGCUCUUCUCAAAUUGAGAUCACCUGUCACCUUCACUGACUACAUCAGACCCGUGUGUCUAGCAGCUCAUAACAGUGUGUUCAACAGCGGCACAGACAGCUGGAUCACUGGAUGGGGAAACAUUGGUGAAGGAGUACCCCUUCCAUCCCCUAAUGUUCUUCAGGAAGUGGAGGUUCCUGUAAUUGGUAACAGACAGUGCAGCUGUCUGUAUGGAGUUGGAGAGAUAACAGACAACAUGAUCUGUGCUGGUCUACUGGAAGGAGGCAAGGACUCGUGUCAGGUACAGAAACCCUCUGUUCAGCUCACUUAG